AUGGACAUUGUUAUCAAUUUCAUUUUCAAAGCUCACGAGCCGGCCGCCUGGUUUCUGACUUUUGUCACCGUUUUCCUCAACGCUUUGCUUUUCUAUUUCAUCACAUGCAAAACGAAACACGAUUUUGGGAUCUAUAAAAGAAUUCUAAAAUUUCUUACUUUAUAUAACAUUUUCUAUUCAACAACGCAAAGUGUUACUGUGCCGAUUCUCUACGCUGGCGAUUACUAUUUCACUUUGAUUCCCGGCGGAUAUGCGAUGAGAUUUUUCUCUACAUAUGCUCAAAUGGUUUGGGGUUCUUUCGUUUCCUCUUGUUUUGGAAUGAGUCUCGCUGUGUUGGCCGUUCAUUUCGUCUAUCGUUACAUUCAAAUUUGCCACUAUCGUCAUGGCUACCUCUUAACCGGCUACUAUCAAUCAAUUUGGUUUGGCUACAUGCUAUUUUGUUUAACUGCUUGGAUGAUUGGUUGUGUCGGUUUCUUGGGGAUGUCAAUCGAAAAAGAACGGUUACUGUUUCCGGAUGUUUUGCGAGCUUACAAUCUAAACAUGACAAACCGCGGUUAUGUUGGACCGCAUUAUUGGAUCCUCUACGGCACCCAACUUGAGCCACAGUACAAAGAUUGGUCGGGAAUGUUGCUCGUUGCUGUGGCCACCAGUUCAACAUUAAUAAUGAUGUGUUUUUGUGGAUACCGAACCUACUAUGGGAUGGCAAACGUGGUGGCGAAGCAAUCUGCCAAGAAACGAUCGAGAAAACGAAGGUGGAAU